AUGUCUGAGUCUCCGGACCAGUCAGAUGGCGCCCACGGUGACCCCGAAGCUGCGAUGCGCGCGAUGAUGGGCUUCAGCUCGUUUUCUGAGCGCCGACCCAAACAUCAACCCCACACAUCUGCCACGAAUGCUCCAGCCGUGGAAAUACAGUCAGGAAAGAUAGCGCCUGGUGCACCAGGGUCAUCUGAUCUCUCGAGGUCUAGCCAUCUACAGGAGGUCGAGUUCGAGUCCGGGUCCUCAGAGACGCCUGGACAUGUGAAAAAUCCGUCGGUUCCAGAUCGGUCAACACCUCUUCCAGCACCACCACCACUACUACACCAACAACCACAGACAAACUACGCAUUCGUCUCUCCGGAAACGGGCAUCUCGUUCACGCCGGAAGAGCUGGAAGAGUUGUCCCGUGGCAAAAUCAACGCGCGAGGUGACAGAGUCUUCUUCAAGCCCGCCUUUGUGGCCGACGAUCCCUGGUUCCGACUUCGAAGGACGGGGAAGGGCGGAGACAACUCUGGCAGCAAUGUGGGGACGGGGAAGGGUGACGGUUCAUAG